AUGAAAGCCACUGGUGCUUUUGGGCCUACGCCCGCUGGUGUCGAUCUUGCUGAGAAUCAACAAGCGCAAAUGCUUGGUGCUGUCAUCAGCCUUAUGAUCAUUGGAACCUUAGCAGUCAUGUUACGUAUCUAUACCCGCGUGAAGAGCUCGCAUACCAAUUUUGGAUUUGACGAUUAUCUCAUUUUCGCAUCUUUGGUAUGUUUGGGUCGAGAGCAUCAUAGUGUCCUCACUGACCUGUUCCCAGUGUUGCGCAUACGGCACUGCAAUCUGUGUGAUCAUCAAUUUUCAGGCACAAAAUACAAGAACGGAUGGCAUCAACAAACAUUGCGUGACUCAGACUUCAUUUCAUUAUGGAAAAUCCUGUUCGCUCAUGUUAUCAUAUACUCAACGACCGUGACUCUGACCAAAUCUUCGAUUAUUCUGUUUUAUCGUCGAAUAUUUAAUCUCCAAUGGUCCCUUUACCUUGCCAUGUCCAUCAUAUUGGGAUAUUUUUUGGCAGUUGUUGCAACCAUUGCUAUCGCAUGCCGUCCAUUGUCCUAUUUUUGGCAGCAAUACAUUGAUCCCACUGCCAAAGGAACAUGUAUUGACGUCCGUGAAUUUUUCUUCUUCAAUGGAAUUGCAUCUGUCUUGAUCGAUGUCAUGAUUCUGUGCAUCCCUGCUCCUAUUAUUUGGAGGUUGCAGAUGCCGAAAACACAGCGACUUGCUGUUAUAAGCAUUCUUCUACUCGGUGGCUUUGUCUGCAUCGCCGGAAUUAUUCGCGUCGUUUUUCUGUACAGGAAUACCCACUCCAAGGACCCAUCUUGGACCAUUGCUCCGGUAUUUGUGUGGUCUUGUGUCGAACCUUUCAUUGGAAUUGUCUGCGCUUGCCUUCCCACCUUUACGCCGUUGUUCCGCCGCUGGUGGGCUGCCUUGGGUGGCAAAGGAUCAAACCCAAAGAAGAGACAAGACUACGAGAACACAGGCAGAUCGAGGAUACAUCAAUCAAGGCAUGGAACGGUUGACGAGGAUGAUGGGGGUGACCAGCAUGGCGAUGAAGUGCAACUGAUGAACUUCCCUGGAUGGCCCUUGAACUUCUUGCGAGGGAAGGAAAGUAGAGACAACAUGGCAUCAAACUCUAAGAUCCAGGUCAAAGAAGAGAUUGAAAUCACUUGGCAUUAA